CAUAAUUCGUUGUGUCUACAAAGGGUCCCCCGAGGUAUCUCUUUUGAUUGGACAUCAUCAGUCGCUGCUGGUUACCAAACUUUAUCAGUGACGGGGAUCAAACAUCGACGAAUGAAUGUUCUUUCGCUAAAGCCAUAUAUCCAAUAACUUGUUUUCCACUCGAAAUCAACUAAUCMAGUGAGUGUUCUCUAUUUCUGAAUGUAAGCUAGCGCUUCGAGAUGGGAAUUCUAGAUGAAAGUMUGGUAUCUACGGCGUCGACUCUGAUCGAUAGCUGUUCCAUAUCACUGGACCCGUCUCUUGACAACAGCCGCUCGGAUCACCCGAGCGCKGAAAAGGAGAACAAUGGUUUGAACGUGAAUCCAAUUCAUGCGCGAAACACGAAGAGUGKCACGAGCUCGAAGCGCUUUGUUCGAGCCAUAAGCCACGCUUCACAGAUCGUCGAGAAGCGAAAUGCUAGAUUAAUAUCUCCCUCUGYGACCAAAACCCACCGGUUUUUGCAGUCCGAGAACCAUUCCGUUUCAGAAAGCACAACGACUACAAACAACUCCAAGCUAGAUAUACUUCGCGCAAGGACUAAGCUAUUGAGGAAGCAAGGCAGCCAAAAGAUUGCCGAGAGCCGAGCUUCUCUUCGCAAGAACCGAACGGUGCAGGUUGGUCUGUCUCCGCACCCCCCUUGUCCGAUGAAUCAACCGGAAGYUUUGUUGGGWAAUACCCCAAGACCGGCAAAAACGAAUUCUGCGUCUAUCAUGACGGGCAAGAUACUAGGUGCCUCCAAAAAUAUGGAUCUUCCUGUUUUAUUGCGUCGCUCAAACAGUGUUAUCGACCAACUAACACUAGAGAUGGAAACAGCCGGUGWUAUUAUUAACCAGAGUAAUGUCAGCGAGAAUUCCGACUCAAGGAUGAUCCUGGACACCAGCAGUAUCUACGAUACGCAUGUCUUUGUUCCUCCCUCUCCCAUYAUGCAGACCUCUCACGACCAAGAUAUCGAAGACGACACMAGCAGUCUUCACAACAUUUCUGUUGACGACUACUGGGAUCAAUCAACCAUAUCUGCUUCGGCUCAGGAUGCUUCAUCAAUCUCUGAACAGCUCAGCCCCACCCGAUCGAAUCUUGAAGAGCCUCCUCCAUCUCAAUCCGUCAAUUGCUCGGGACUUCCGCCUCCCGAAGUUGUGGUGAAAAUAACUACUCCCACGUCUGCUAGGCUCUCCCGGUCUCGCGAACUCGCCGAAUCGCGGCACCGAAGGAUGAGUCCACCCUCAAUUUCACCGAUCAAGGGAGACUGUGCUUCCAUGUACAACACAGAUCAAAAGUGUGAAAAGCUGUCCUUCGAAAACGAUUGCCUGCGACGGCAGCUAGAGUUGCUCGAGAGUCGGCACCGAGACUUUCAACAGAAACUCGAUAAACAGAUGCUUAGCCCCGAAAAAGUACCCGGUGCRUUGCGAACACCGGGAAGCCCGUCUACUGCCACUUCCACCUCCAGUGGGGCGUCAAGCCCCAACAGCUACUACAAGUAUCACAAAAGAAAGAGGAGRAGAAGCGAUCGCCGUCGCCUUGCUCUGGUAUUGAUUUUCGCCCCAUUUCUGAUAUCGACRACUCUCUUUUUCUAUCGAGCCGUCCGCAAUGUCUCCGAUGCUCGGAGGAGAAAUCGUGACAAUGCUUUGAGGAACAGUGGGCUUGGAUCGAUCCCUUUUUUUGCGGAUACUAAUUCUAGGGGACCGCAAGCGACUUUGUCGAAACCAGCGCUGAGUGGUCUCGCUUCAUUGAUGCGUGAGGGAGUCCUACGCCAAACAUCCUUGGGUCCAAUUUUGUUCCGUGASAAGUCGAAUGGGAGAAUCCAAAGGGACAACAYAAAUUUCUCUGGCGAUUGGAUUGGUGAAAGACACGCGACUUUCAGUGCAGAGGGACAGAAUGAGAGUUUUGACUAUGCAGAUUMUCUUCCUGUAAUGGCGCUUCCAAAAUACCGAAGAAUAGAAGGCUCUGUAGGUGGAGAUAAUCCCGAUUCGACCCAGUCUGGAMGAAAGGGCAGAAGUGUGAAACGAUGGUUUCAAAAAAGGUUGUCGAAGAUGAAAAUARCAACCCAUAAUGACCCUGCCGGGGUUUGGCUAAAACGAGCUCAGCAAAUCAAAACCAGAGAACUGCAUGCGGAGCUCUGAGGCUGCAACAAGAUGGAUGGUCGUGGAUCCUCUUCUAAUUAUCUUGACGCAUGAUUGCUUUCGUGCGCAAUCCUGCAAGUUACUCAGUCCUGACUGAUUGYAUAUAUACUUCUAUUGAUUUCUUUUUUUCAGCUKAACAGUGGAGGAGCUAUMUCUGUUCAACUCAUCAACACKGAGAUGGAACUACUGCAACAUCAACGUGGGAUGCUACUGUCAUGUUUWUAUCGGGCAAAAAAURCUGCGUCCCGAGACUGUUUUCAACUCAGAUGACUCUCAUCCGACGACGAAAURCCGAUCUGCACCAUUUCAUCUAAAACAUCGCAAUAACUUCUUUCCCCUGCWCAAAUUGUGGGAUGACGCAUUUCAAAUCGACUGUACUUGAACUGAUAAGUCGACGUCAAAGGUUGCGCCGUGGCAAUGACGCCUUGCUGGCCUUUAAUUGUGUGGCAUGAACUAUCACAGUACUAGAUGAACUUUUGAUCGCCYACAUGCAUCGAUCUUGGAGCCGAAGUGAUCAUGUUUCUCCAUUGUCCAAKGUGUUGAAGAAUAUUGCUCUAUUCUCUCUUCUGCUUAAAUUUAGGCCUCCAUUUUGUUGCUUAGUCUCACGCCUUGAAGGUUUGAUCAACGAUCGCCUUCCCAGGACAAGAAUGGCAUGUUUUUCUCCACUCCAUCYGCCGUUGAUUGCAUAAAAGAUACUUUAUAAGCACACCUUACUGAUCUCGCUGGUUUGGAUUCUCGUACACUCCAAUUGCUAGGUCUCAAAAUAAUAAUUUGCAUUAAGCAUCAUMCGAAAGAAUACGCAUACCAUAAGUCUUCAGAUGAUAAUGAUUACAGUAAAUAUCUUUCAUCUUU